AUGACUGAUACUGAGCGGCCGGGGUUGUAUAUGGCUCCUAUGACGAACAACGCCGAAGAACAACGAACGCGGUUGGGAGAAUUGGUUACUCGAGCUGCUGCGAAAGACGCCAUCAAAGACCACAAUGCAGCUGCUGAGCUUUACUCCGAGGCCACAGAGCUCCAAGCAGAUUUGAAUGGGGAAAUGUCGCUUGAUAAUGCAGACCUAUUGUUCGCUUACGGCAAAGCGCUAUAUAAUGUUGCUGUCAGCAAAAGCGAUGUACUCGGAGCUAAAGUGGCGGGUGAGCCACAUGCGCAGUCAAAUGCUGUAACUACCGAAAGCUCUACGUCUGUUGGAUCGACGUCAGCAAGCGACAACCUUAUUCAAAGCGCCGUGGCGAAUGGCGCGGCUAAAAAGGAGGCCGGUGCUAAUGAAAAAGAGCAAUCUGAGAAACAAAAUACGCCAUUCUUCCAGUUUACUGGCGACGAGAACUUUGACGAGUCGGAAGAGGAAGAGGAAGAUGAAGGCGCACAGGCCGAUGCUGGCGAUGAGGACGAGGAUGAUUUUGCCAAUGCUUUUGAGGUGCUCGAUCUCGCCCGUGUACUCUACCAGAAGAAAUUGAGUGCGGCGGAAGAAAGUGACGAGAAAGGAAAAUCAACGGAAGUGCCGUCCGAAAAUAAACAACUCAAAGAACGCCUUGCGGAUACGUACGACUUACAAGCUGAAAUCUCGCUUGAAGGAGAAAGAUUUCUGGAUGCUGUCACGGAUCUCAGAACGGCGCUUGAUUUGAGGCUGGCCUUAUUCCCCAUGGAAGAUCCCGCCGUCGCCGAAUGCCAUUACAAACUUUCUCUCGCCUUGGAAUUCGGCGCCGUCAGUAAGACGGAAGAAUUUGAUGAACAAGAUAGCCAUAGCCAAAGCAAAGUGGAUGAAGAGAUGAGGAAGGAGGCGGUGGUCCAAAUGGAGAAGGCUAUUGAAAGCUGUCAAGCUCAGAUGAUUCAAGAACAAAAGAGAUUGGAUGGUGAUGAUGCCCCAGAUGAGGACAAAGCAACAGCGCUGAAGAGGAGGAUUGAUAAUGUGAAGGAGAUAGUCGCAGACAUGGAGCAAAGGCUUAUUGAUCUCCGGCGUCCACCGGUGUUGAUUGAAGAACAAGAGCGGAGUGACGAGGCUGUCCUCAAAGGCAUCCUCGGUCAAAUUGUAGGCCAAUCUACUGCUGAACAGACAGCGCGGUUGGAUGCAGCGACGAAGAGCGCAACGGACUUGUCCGCGUUUGUUAAACGAAAGCCCGCUAGUGGCCAGUCUUCUCAGAAACCGGAUUCCAGCAAUAAGCGGCCUGUUGAACAAUCUUCUCAAGGUAAUGACGUGAAACGGGCGCGAGUGAGCGAUGGCAACGUUGAUAAAUCUUAG